AUGUCAGAAACGGAGGAAUUGGACAAAAAGAAAAGUAGAAAGCCAACAGAUGGUGCCUUUCGACAACAACGUCUUCCAGCAUGGCAACCAGUCUUGACACCUCGUACAGCUCUUCCCACAUUCUUUGUCAUUGGCAUCAUAUUUACACCGAUUGGCGGCUUGUUGUAUUGGUCCAAUAGUCGUAUUACCGAAAUCAAGAUAGACUACACGCAUUGUUUACGUUACGAGACACCGGUUUAUUUGGCAAAACAUCAAUACACCAUGCUUGCAUCAAAAGACAUUUCGAGCGAUACGAUUGAACCACCUGCUUAUCAUUAUGAGAACUCGACUACCUUUACCGCUCCCUCUUGGCAGAAUCCAAACAGCCUCAAUAUUCAGCAAUGCAUCAUCGACUUCACAGUACCAGAGCCAAUGCAAGGACCCGUUUUCAUGUAUUAUCGCUUGACCGACUUUUACCAAAACCACAGGCAAUACAUUAACAGCUUUGACUCCGCUCAACUACUUGGCAACCCCGUUUCUCCAAGCGGAAAUUGUGGUUCCUUGAGAACGACUGAUACUGGUUUGGGUAUAUACCCUUGUGGAUUAAUCGCAAAUUCAAUGUUCAAUGAUACCCGAUCGAAUCUCACGUCUGUCAAUGCAGCAUCCGCUACUACUUUUGAAUUCACAACAUCUGGUAUUGCUUGGCCAACCGAUAAGGACAAGUAUGCUCCAACACAGUAUGCUCCUUCCAGCGUAGCACCUCCUCCAAAUUGGGCAUCAAGAUAUCCUAAUGGAUCGUACACUGAUGAAUAUCCACCACCCGAUCUAUCUCAUGAUGAAUCAUUUAUGGUCUGGAUGCGUGUGGCUGCAUUACCUGAUUUCAGAAAGAUUUGGGGUCGAAAUGACAAUGACGUUCUCCAACCUGGUCGAUGGCGUAUCCAAAUUGAUAUGAAUUUUGAUACAACACUCUAUGGUGGCACAAAGUGGCUGGUACUUUCGACAACUUCUCCUUUGGGUGGCCGUAAUCCAUAUCUGGGCAUCACAUACAUGGCAAUCGGUGGCAUUUGUUUAUUACUUGGUUUCAUCUUUACGCUCAAACAUUGCAUCAAGCCACGUGCCCUGGGUGAUACAACUUAUCUCUCAUGGAAUCAAUCCGGUGGUGGUCUUCCUAAACGACAAAAACCUGUGGUCAAGAGCCUUCAUCAAGAUUAA